AUGUCUCACUGCUCCUUUUCUGAAAAGGAAACUGUAUAUGAAGUCACUCUGGAUGCAAACGGCGUAGCUCAGCGUGUACCAAAGGGGCAAGGUACACAUUUUAUUCACAUCUCUCCUCAUAAAGAGACUUUGUUAAAAGAAAAGUCGGAUAUUACUGCUCCUUCACCUACUUAUCAUCAUGACAAAUGGCCAUCAAUGACUGCGCCUGUCUAUCACCAACGUGUGCAUCCAAUGCCCGAAAAGAUAGCUGCUUAG